GAGAAUUGUGCACGAGGCAUGACAUCCAAACAGUGGCUGCUGACCAUUCAUCUCGCUGUGUCACAAAAAAAUCCUGUUUCACUUUUGAUUUUGUUGUUGUCAUUGAAAAGGUGCUGAAUCAUCAUGUCUUGUCGUCUCUUCUCUACUCUGAUCGUAUCUGUCGUUGUUUUAGGGCAGUUGUUUUCUAUUUCGUAUGGCAAAUCACAGGAUAUAAAAGAUCCAUCCGAAAUAUUCCACAAAUAUCACACAGCUGUCGUCACAGUUGUUACGGAUAAAGGGAGGGGGACAGGGUUUUCUAUCGAUCCUCAAGUAUACCUGAUCACAGGAACGGAAACGAAAAUCAGGUUCGUAAUUACUGCUUUCCAUGUUGUCAAAGGCGCUGCCAGGGUUGGCUUGUAUUUAUACCAGGACGAGAAGGACGACGAAGGCAACUGGAAAAAGGAUAUUUGCCCGGCUGAAAUUUGGGGCUUCGACAUUGUAAGAGACGUUGCUCUCCUUUAUAUAGCGUGUGACACUUGCAAUUGCACGCGUUUAGAAGCCCUACAGACCCGCCUUUCAACUGUAAAUGCUGGAGAAACUAUACUUGUAAUCGGUGAUUCCGCCAAGAGGAGACCUCAUUCGGUUGUAGAUGGAAGGUUGUCGGACACAAAUUUUACUGUUUCUUUAACGUCUCUGAAUUAUAAACAACUAGAUGAAGAUAUCGCAGCUACACCAUUGGUUUCGAGGGUUCAUGGACUAAUUGGUAGUGUUUAUCUGGGAGAUUCGGGCAGCGCCGUGAUGGAUAGAUCUGGCAAUGUUAUUGGAAUGAUCUUGGGUAAACGUGGAGACCUCAUCUAUUGUGUUACGAUAGACGAGAUUUCCAAAGCACGCGGGCAAAUAUUGGACACAAAAAGUCCCAGUUUUGUUGCUUGCACUGCUCAUGAAUCAGCUCUUCUUGGGAGAACGUACUGGGGGAACAGCUCUGGUAAGAGCAUUAACGAAAUGAAUGCACUUGCAACUGCAAUGAAUGCUCAGUACUUUGCGAUUGCACACGAUGGUUUGGAAGCUCAUGCUUUUACAUUCCACGUUCUGUGGUGGGAAAUACUCCCGGAAAACGAUUAUAUAAAGGAAGAUGCAUCACAGUGUCGCUGCGAAAUGACUUCCUUCACAGACGGCAAACAACGUCUUGAGCGUACAAAAGACGGCAAGGUCAUGUGUGGGUGUUCUGAAAAUGCAUGCAGAAUAAAUUCAUAUUACCAGAGGAGAUUCGGGGAAGACAAUGAUCGUCGUUGGGCCGUGUACAAAAGAGUGAGCAGGAGUCUAGACAACAGAUACUACGUACCAAGUAAAGAAUCUAGAGCAUCGAUGGAAGAUAUAGGCGGUGAAAUCGAUUAUUGGAAGCAAAAAGUAGAGAUUUUGAGCAUAGAAAAGGAGAACCUUGUAUCAGAUGGCCAUAUGUGUCGCUUCGAGCUUAGUUAUUUGUCUGUACAAACGCUGGAAGAACGCUGAACGCAUGUUAAAGAAAGCAAAAACAGAACGAGAUAGAUUGGAAGAGCAAUUGUUUCAACAGGAAGUGCUUCAAAAUUCGGAGCCUACAAACAUACCUACACAGGAAUAAAUUAACUGUUAAGAUGCACUGUAAUUUGCUAAUGCUUUCUCGUGUUUACAAUUAAAAUCGUUACGAAUCGUAUUUCUUAAAAUUUGUAUAUCUCGC